AUGGCUGACGACAGUCUGUAUCAACUAACUCAACUAGUCAAGCAUAAUGAUUAUUCUUCGGAUUCAUUAAAUCAACUUUAUCAAUGCAUAAGUACAAUGACAGAAAGAUCAAUUGGAUGCUUGAAUUGGGAUAAAUUUUUCAAAAAAAUCACAGUGACUGAUGAAGUUCUUUUACAUUUUUUAGCAUCCGUUUUAAACAUUGAAAAGAUAUCAGAAUGUUUCAAGGAUUCUAUUUUUUAUCACAAUAUUAAUCUUGAAAAAUUCAGUAAUUUAACUGAAACAGAACAACAAACAAUUUUAAAUUCCUACAAAGCGGAUAAAUUUACAUAUUACAUAAUGUGCUCACAAAUUGUAAAAUCAAACUGGAACAAUUUAUCCCAAACUUUAGUUAAUAUUGCAAAUCAAUAUUUGCCAUUUUUAGAUGAAGAAAAGCAAAUAUAUAUAUUUACUGAAAUAACUGGCAAUUAUCAAAAUUUUGAAAUUUCAGUUGCAAACUUGUUACUUUUUUAUGAAAACGAUGAAGAAAAAUUAAGCAACUGUUUUAAUUUAACAUUGUUCCAGCAAAUUUAUUCCAAAAAUGGAAUCGAGCAAAUGAUAUUUUUUGCUGCAAAUACAAUUUGUUGCAAUAACACUUCUAUCAAUUUUUACAAUCUCCUUGAAAUUGAAGAAAUGAAUCCAUUUGAUUUUUUUUAUUUCUCAAUUCAAUAUAAAGAGAUAUUAAAUUGCGAUGAUUUUCCAAAAGUUACAGAAGUAAUCACAGGUUUAAUCUCAGCUUCAAAUAUUAAUGCUAUUAUGCGAAUUUGCCAAAAAAUUUUGGGUAAAAUUACAUUUUAUAAAUGUAAUUAUUGCCAUAUUACCUCAAUAUGGAAUUUUAUCACAAAUGCAGCAAUAAUUCUUCCUGAUGAAGAUUUAUUAAUCAAAUUAUUAAAAUUCAUAGAAAAAACAGAAAAAGCAACAGAUGAAUUAUUCGAACCGGAGAAUGAUUUGGGUUUCUAUGAAUAUUUAAAUUUGAUUUUCUCAGAUAUUACAUCUGCGAGAAAUAAGCAAUUUCUCUUGGAAUUUCUAAAUACCCAUGAAGAUGACUUCACUUAUGAUCAAACAUUGUGA